AUGAACGCCUCGCUGGAGCAGUACCGGAACAACUCGUCCACGGCGCGCGACUGGGACCACGUGCAGCGAGCGCUGCGCUGCUGCGGACCAACCGGCGCCGCCGACUGGGCGCCAGUGCUCGGCAACGGCACGGUGCCCGACUCGUGCUGCGAGCGGGCCGCGGCGGCCAACUGCAGCGGCGCAGAGGGCUCGUUCAGCGCCGGCUGUGCGCCGGCCGUGCAGGCGCUGGUGGCUGGCCAGAGGCGCUGGUCCGUGGCGCUGGCCACGGCUACCGCCAGCCUGCUACUGCUGCUUAUCAUCGUGAUGCUGAGCGGCGCAGUGUGUGACGGUGACGUAGAGUCACAGGCACCACUGAUCGUCAGGGUAAGGAGGGACAUUCCCGUUAAUUUUACGAUGCGAGAUGCCAUGUUUGUUUAA